CCGCAAUCGCAAUCGCAACCGCAAUCGCAAUCGCAAUCGUCUCUCUGCGAAUCUCGGCAGGUUCGACAGCAGGACACCCGCCACACACCACCACCGCACCAGCAGGUCGGAGCAGAGCCCGGCGCGUUCCAACACUAGACCAGACUCCCACACUCGCACCCAGGAGAGGAAAAGAACCAAUCGUACAAAGACCCCGCGGUGCAAACGGACUCCACGGGCCAUUUCAGCGCACCAGCAACGACAACCAAAACCAAAACCACAACGCCAACGCCAACGGCCAUCGAAUCGAAUCCCGACCAUGUCCGCCAGCGACGAAUCGGUCUCGCAGUUCAUGGCCUUCACGGGGAGCGGGGACGCCGAGCGGGCCCAGAUGUACCUGGAGAUGAGCGGCGGAGACCUCGAGACCGCCGUGGGCCUCUUCCUCGAGCACGGCGGGGGGGGAGGAAGCGGGGGGGCGUCCCCGGGUGCCCCCCCCCUUGGAAGCACCGGAGGCCUCGGCGGAAGCGGGGACGUCCGGGCCCCCGACGCGACCCAGACGAUGCGGCUGAUGGACGACGGGCCGGGGGGCGGGAUGCCGAUGGGCCUGAUGGGGGGCCAUCCCUACGCCCGCAUGGGCAUGGGCAUGGGCUUGGGCCCGCAGCGGUUUGCCACCACCUCGGCCUUUGCCCGCGACGCGGUCAACUCGGCCGCGGGCGCGGACCCCGACGAUUCCAUGCGUUCCGGCGGCCGGGGCGGGGAGACCGGAAGCGGCAACGCCGAGGAGGAGGACGAGGACGACGACAGCUACGCCGGUUCCGGCAGCCACGCCGACGGGGACGACCCGAUGGGCUCCGAGCGGUCCUCUUCCGGCGGCGGCGGCGGCCUGGCCGACCUCUUUUCCCCCCCCGUCCACCUCAUCUGCAACGCGGGAGGCUUCGAGGGGGCCCGGGCCAGCGCCAGGGACAGCAAGCGCUGGCUGCUGGUCAACCUCCAGCGGGACAGCGAGUUCUCCUGCCACGCGCUCAACCGGGACGUCUGGAGGGACGAGCUCGUCGAGAACCUGAUCGGGGACGGCUUUGUCUUUUGGCAGGAGGUGCGUGUGUGCGAUGUUGUGUAUAAUGUUGCGGUGUGGUGUGGUGUGGUGUGGUGUGGUGUGUUGUUUGCGUUUGUGUUUGCAUUUCCAUUUGAAUAUGCGAAACGUGUGGUAUUUUUUUGACUUGGCCGGCUCCGAGCUUGCGAAGAGCCGACAACACCCUCCUGACCCUUCUUUUUGGGCUUGAUCUUGCACGGUUUCGCACGACACCGCACCAACAGUUUGACACGACCCCAGAGGGCAGCCAGUACGCCGACCGGUACAAGGUCUACGACUACCCACACAUCGGGAUCAUCGACCCCCGCACGAGGCGGCUCAUGUGGAAAAAAGAGGGAUGGACCCAGGUCAACCCGCUCACCGCCGAGCGGUUCGCGGAGUACGCCAUGGACUUUUGCUCCCGCCACUCGCUGGACCGGCCCCCCCAGGCCAUCCGCCCGCCGGGGGCGGCCUCCAGGGCCGCCAAGAGGCCCAUGCACGAAAUGUCCGAGGACGAGCAGCUCCAGGCGGCGAUGCGGGCGAGCCUGCAGGACAGCACCGGGGGCGGCAGCGACGACGACGACGACGACGUGGUCAUCGUAGACUCGUCCGGCCAGCAGCUGGACGACGACUCGAAACCGAGGGCGGUCGAGCCGUCCGCCGCGGCGGCGGCACCACCACCGGCCGCACCCCCGUCCAUGCUGGAGGAGCUGGUUCCCUUUGACGUCGGACCGGAACCCGAAAAGGGUGCGAGGAUCCAGUUCCGCAUGCCCGACGGAAAACGAAAGAUCCGGAGGUUCGACCCUUCCCAGAGCGUGAAACACGUCUACGCGUUUGUUGCGGUACGUUGCGUCGCAUUUUGUUUUGUUUUGUUUCGUGGGAUCGGAUCGGAUCGGAGUGUUUUGAACCUCCGUGCCGUCGGAACGCCGCUCUUGGACUCAUGCCAUUGGCAUUGUUGUUCUUCUUUCGAAAUUCACCGAAACCUUUUCAAUGCUCAGCAAUCGAAUCCGGAGGGCAGGGACGGAAAAGAAUUCACGCUGCAGGCCGGAUUUCCUCCCAAGGACCUGAUUGGCGACAUCGACAGCUCGAUCGAGGCCUGUUCGCUGGCAGGAGAAGCCAUUACGGUGCGAUGGAAAUAAGAAGAAUGAAAACAAAUCGAAACGAAACGAAACGUAGCGGAGGAUCCGUGUGUGUCGAUCGAUCGAAGAGCGAUGACCGGAACCUUGUAACAAAGCACAGGCCUUUGCUUUGGCGUGGUGUGUAUGGGCGACGCAAGCGAUGCGAUACCAACCAGCGCACUCUCUCAACGCGGAAGAGGAGAUGGGAAGUGUUUCCUGUGGUUGGUUCAAAUGAGGUUUCGGUGUUUCUUCUGGGCCCGGACUACUUGCUUAUUAUAAAUCUCAUAGCUCGUGUUCGAUGCGUUACGUUGCACUACUAGUAGACAAUCGAUUCUCUAGAAGUGAUGUGGAUCGAUGAGUUCUUUCGAACAAAGAUAGUUUCUAUGUGUGUGUAGCUUAUCUAGAGCGUUCCGUCCGAACGAUAACGUUCAGUUUCCAACGGCAACCGCUUGCCGGUUUUGUCUUUUUCCUUCCGUUUUUGUUUGGGCCCUUUUAAUGGUGCCCACCGUGUUCGAUCUUUGCGGAUUUGGGUUUCAUGCCCUCCAGUACCGAAUCCACUACCAGGUAGGCGCCAAAGAUAAAGACGGCGUUUCGGAAUCCGGGAAAGGGGGAGGCCCACAGUCUCUGAAACAGGUGGUGGUUGCGCCAGGCGUCUUGUCCCUUGAAAAUCAUUGUGGCUGGUCUCUUUGGUUUUGUUUGGAAUGGAAUGAAAUGGUAUUUUGUGU